CUGUUUCUGUAGGCCCAAAGCUUGGCGCUUCCAUUGGGGCACCCACCCUUUCUUCCUUAUUUCCGGUUUUGCUAAAACCUUAAGCAGGCUAGGCUGGUUGAGGUUUUUCGUCGAGCAGUCGGUGUGCGUAAACAUGCCGCCCAGAAACAAAAACUCUCAAGGGCAUUCCAAAUCUGCCAUUCUCCUUCAAGGCCAAGACUUGUAUGAAGGGGAACGUCUCGAUCGUCUUCUCCAACAAAUUCAGAGAAGAAUAGAGUCAGCAAGACUUGAGGAUGGCAAGUCAUUACCAGAAAAGAUAUGGUUCAAGAAACUAUUCGCAAUAGGGGUGAAUGACGUGACUCGCGUGCUUGAACGCAUGCCACCAACAGCAAGAGCAAGCAGCUUGGCAGGUAAAGCAGCAUACAUUGAGCUUCAGGCUGUUGUGAUCGCAUCUGAUUGCAAUCCACGAUGGCUGUCAAAGCACCUGCCAAGCUUGGCUCUUUCAAGGAAGGUCCCAGUCAUCUUUCUCAAAGAUAACAAGGGAGCUUCAUUGAGAUUGGGUCAACUUUUCAAACUUAAAACAGCCAUUGCCAUGGGAGUUAAGGCUAAAGGAAAUGCCAUCAAUCUACUUUUUGAGGAGAUCCUUAGUGGUAAUACAAUGCAACUCAGUGUCGGAAGUAAAUGCCUCAACUCUUCUCAAAUGCUUACCACAACACAAGGAAAAGUCCAGAGAUGAGCCUCCUGUGUGUAUAGAUGUUGAAGACAACAGAUGCAGGUGCUGUUUCUGUUUGAGAGACUAUAUUGUAUCCAUGUAUGCCUGAUUAUGCAGUUAACUUGUUAUGAUGAACCCAAUGAAAGGAACAAAGAUACAGUAAUCUUGUAAUUUCUGUAAGGCUUUUUUAUUCAAAAUGGUCAUUGAGAUUUGCAUAACA